AUGGGCAACCUGAUAUGGCAUGAAUACGCUCGCUACGUCGCGUUGACGUCGGUCGCUUACUCGAUGUGGGCCGCUUUCUGGGGCAUCAUGUACAGGAAGUAUUUCUUCGACUUCGUGCACGGGAUCGUGCGCAGCCCCGGCGGUGUCCAGCCCGCGGCGAGUGACAGCAUCUUCAUUACUGUUAUUGUCAAGGCGCCCAUCGUCCAGAUCCUCAGCAUGCUGCUCGCGUUUGGUUAUUUGGCCCUCGACUAUCCCGCGCCAUUCCUGAAGGGCUCGGUAAUACAUCGGAGCUUCCCGAUACGUAUCAUAUUGCUGUUCCUGCAGACUUUCCUCUCGAUCUUAUACUAUCAGGGAACAAAUGCGGCGUUGUAUUCCUUUAUAGCUGCGAUGUGCUACGUGCGCGCGCAGGUAAAGGGGGAGAUGAUGGCCGACGCAAAGGACAACAAGGGGCGGGGCGGCGGAAAAGCCUGAGCGUUGAACGCGCUCCUGGUUUUCUCGGUACGAGGAGAAUUUUCAGUAGACUGGCGGCAGACGGACUGGUCCGUCUUGCCGUUUCCUCCCGCCUCUCCUCCACCAUAUCCUCCCGAACCCCUCCGAACGCCUCUCAUCCUACGAUUCCUAUUUCCUGUUUCUCUUCCUGUUGUCGUUCUUUGCUUUCCAACUUGCAUGCCCAGCCAGCCCACAUAACACACCCGUCUGACGUCCGUGAGGACAACCACAGCAUGCAAAAACGAGCAAGGAGAGCCAUCCCAGUGUAUCGCACGAGUUGCGGGAUUUGCGGACGUUUUUGGACAUUUGGUGCUGCCAUCUACUGUUUGUUGUAUCACUUAUAGAAGCGCGAAACUCUUCUGCGUUGUUUGCGGUUCGUACCUCAGGUGUAGGGGUAUAUCGCGAUCGU